AUGGCGCGACGAAGACGUCCCCCACGACCAGGCGCGCUAACCGAACUCCCACCCCUCAAAAUCCUCACGCAGAUAGUGCUACUGCAGGUGGUUUGGUACGCGGUGGGGACACUGCUAAUACUGUUCACGGCGCUUGUGGCCGGGAAGAAGUUUAGUUUUGAUUUGGUAUUGAGCUGGAGGAGCUUGAGGGGUGAUACGACGGUUGGGUGGAUGCUGGGGUUGGUUUGGUUGUUGAAUUCGGUCGUUGGGGCAGUAUCAAUACUUCUUCUUAUAUCAAGAAGUAAAUUAGUCCCCGACUUCGCGCUCACACUCCACUUCAUACACCUGGUCGUGGUAUCCGCAUAUUCGAAGUCCGUUCCGCAAAACAUGUUAUGGUGGGCUCUACAGGUGGCCAGCGCGGCGAUGAUGACUAGUCUCGGGGUAUGGAGUUGCCAGUAUCGAGAGCUAAGGCCGAUAAAUUUUGGUGGGUCAGCGCAGAAUACGACGGGAGAGAGUUCGAUGGCUGCGUCGACAAAUGAAGCCGGGGAUGGGGAACAAGAAUACGGACGUGGCAGGGGAAGAGGCAGAGGCAGAGAUGGAGCAGGGGAAUACGAGAUGGUGGGUAUGAAAGCGGAUGGAGAGGCUACUUGA